AUGAGCUUUUAUUCGGAGCGGAGAGUUUAUAUAUACGUGACGGAAGAAGCAGUACAGCUACCUUCUAAGCACUGUUAUGGAAUUGAGCGGACAUAUGACACAUUAAAAACAAAUAAUGUUACAGUUAAUAAUCUAUUCUAUUGGAAUGCGCCUAUUGAUGUAAUGGUCUCUUAUCAAAAAUAUCUUGAUUCAAAAAUUGCUAACGGAAAAUAUUGCGCAUGUCUGGAUACGAUUUAUUUUGGACCAUAUCGUGAGUAUACAUUUGACAAAGCAAUAACAUUUUCUGAAAUAAUCCAAAAACAAUUUCAACCAAAAGCAAGCUCUUAUCCAACAUGUCAUAUGGCAUGUGAUGACGGACAUAGAUGUUUAGAUUGGCGAGAGAUCUGUAAUGGAAUUGUGGAUUGUCUCAAUGGUGACGAUGAAGGAAUACAGUGUGUAGUUUCAGAGUUCAAUGAAUGUAAUUUAGAAACAGAAUUUAGAUGCAAAAAUGGAAUGUGUAUCCCAAAAGAUUUUGCUUUUGGUCAAAUGAUCGAUUGUCUAGACACAAGUGACGAAACGAAUGUAUUUGUACAUGAUUAUUUUGCUAGUCGAUUACUUGAUUGCUCUGGUCAAUGGUCAAUUGAGUGUGAAGAACAUUACUGCCGGGAAUCGAAACUGUUUACAUGCGGUGACGGUACAUGUAUUUUAAAUCCUCUUGAUUAUACUGGUAAAUCAUGUCAAAAUAAACGUAAUAUAAUCCAGAUAGAAUCUACAUUUCUUGAAAGUUCUCUUUCAUUAUGUCAUAAAUGUAAACUGUGUGCUACAACAAAUGAUCUAUUUUUUAAAUAUCUUAAGGAACAGUAUAAUUUAACAACAAAAGUAUGCCAACAUAUUGCAUCAGACUGCAAAAGUAAUUGUACAUUCUAUUUUACAUUUCCUUCAAAACCUGUGAUGUUUCCAUCUGUUCGUUUUAUAUAUAAUGGACUCGAAAUAUCUGCCAUUUAUCCCGAAUUUUUAUGCUAUGAACAGAAUAUUUGUGAAGAUUAUAUACCAACAAAAAUUAUUCACAAUUUCGCUUGUCAUAGCACAAAAGAAUUUAAUGGACUGGAUUUCACAACAUUUGGAAUAUUUUACAAAAGUGUACAACGAAUAUUUUCCAUUUGUGUCUUAUCCAAGAUGAGACCGCUAAAAAAAAAUUUCUAUCAAUGUAAUUCAACAUUACGUGUCAUUUCAAUCCAUCGAGUUCGAGAUGGAGUCGAAGAUUGUUAUUUAGGAGAAGAUGAAUUCGUUAUAGAGCCAGAAAUAACGAAUAGUGCAGACUAUUUCAAAUGCCUGACACUUGAUACAAAUGAAUAUAUACCUCGCAGUCGACUAUUUGAUGGCAGAAGUGAUUGUUCAGACAUGUCCGAUGAAAUGAUGCCGUUCGUUUGUAAAGAACAAAAUGACCUUGGCUGUCAGCAUCUACGAGGCUUAGUUACACCUUACAUAUAUUUUCUGUUUGAUGAACUAUGCAAUGGUAUUGUUCAUUCUCAAUUGAUUUUUGGAAAUGAUACGGAUGAAACGGAUUGUUACGAAUGGCGACGUUCAUGUCGAACGAAAUAUGUAUCAUGCGAUAGAAAUUGGAAUUGUAUUAAUGGACGUGAUGAAGUGGGUGUAACACCACUCGCGUAUUGUCGUUCGAAAGAACAAAUUCAUUAUUGUCGUUUGCCUGAAAAUGGAACACAAAUUACAUUACCAAUUGAACAAAUAGGUGAUCAAAUUAUUGAUUGCUUAGGGUCUACAGACGAACGAUUCAACUAUUGUCCAUUAAAAUAUCCAUUCGAAUUAACACGUCGUUUUCAUCGUUGGAAUACUUCAGAAUGUGUUCAUAUUUAUGAUGUUUGUGAUGGAAUUGUGCAUUGUCCAUAUAAAGACGAUGAAAUUGCGUGCCCAAAAAGAAAACUUUCGAAUUGUCCUCCAGGAACAUUUGCUUGUGGAGGAAUAACUAGACGAUGUUUAUCAAAAAGUGAACGAUGUAAUGGUAGAAGAGAUUGCCGAGACAUUGGGGAUGAAAAUGAUGAACUAUUUUGUGAUUUAGUCCCACAACGUGUUCAAUAUAAACCGUUCCUAUAUACAGAACACAAUCAGUAUCCUCCACCGGGUAUUCAAGAUUAUAGACAAUUAAUUACUGGCUUUAACAAACGAAAUUCGUAUUUGCCGGUUGGCUCUGAUUUUCGUCCAAUUCGAAGUGUAGCAGUACAAAAUAAGCUUGGAAGCUACUGUAAUCGUGGAAUAGGUGUACGUUCAUUAAAAGUCAAAGAUGGUCAUAGACGAGUAGUGUGCCUUUGUCCUCCGUCUCAUUACGGCAAAGCAUGUCAGUUCCAAAAUAAACGUCUAACAGUUUUGAUACAAAUUAUUGGAACAUUCAAUCGACAUUUAAUAUUUCGAUUAUUAGUUAGAUUGUUCGAUGAAACAAAUUUAGUUUUAGAUUCGGUUGAUGUUCUUCAUAUGCCAUAUCAAAAUGGCACCAUUAAAAAUGUCAUUUAUUUAGUAUAUCCUCACAAUUCAUUUUACAAUAUAUCUCUUCGUUAUUUUGUUCGUAUUGAUAUAUUUUCUGUGUCAACUCAAGAUGUCGAAUUUCAUUCGUCACGGUAUUUCAAUGUAAAAUUCCCAUUUUUACCUGUGGAUCGUCUAGCCGUUCAAUUGAAGUUGGAUAAUAAAUGCGAUGAAAUCUGUUUAAAUGGCUCACAUGUAAUCUAUAUAGACACUGUUCAUCAAGAUAAUAAAACAUCAUGUAGUUCGACGUCGUUAGCAUUUGAAGGACAAUGUAUCUGUCCUCUUGGCACAUUUGGUAACGACUGUGGUGUACAAAUAGACCUAUGUAAAGGCGUGGAAUGUUUAAAUAAUGGUACAUGUGUGUCACUGGAUAUUAAGCAAAUGUAUUAUACAUGUAUUUGUAUUGAAAAUUAUUUUGGCGAUCUAUGUCAGUAUUCGAACAGUCGAAUGAUAAUUGGAAUAAAAGAAUUACAUCAAGAUCCUUUGUUCAUACAUAUUCCUGUUGUUCUCGUCUAUUUUGUUGACAUUUACAAAAAUAGUACCGUCACUUUAGUACAAGAUCGUCUAUUAUUUAAAAACGUACCAUUUAACACAAACCUUAGUAUUAUUUAUAAAAAACAAUCACCAUUGCCGGCAUUAGUUUUUGUUCAAACUCUUUUUAAUACCCAUCAUGUUUAUGGCUUAUACUAUAUAGUUAGUCUUUUAAAAACACCAGUUCAAUUUGUUUCGACAAAUAUUUUAGUUGCCAGUUUUUGUCCAUAUGUUGGUGAAUUGUUAAGUUCAGAAAUAAUGUCAUAUUCAUAUUUAAAACGUGUUAAAUACUAUCAUCAAGCAUGUUUUACACUUGGUACAAAAUGUUUUUUUGAUGAAUAUUAUAUGUGUCUAUGCGAUAAUGAAGCAUACAUUGAUUGUUUUGUAUUUAAUCAUCGAGUAAGUAAUUGUACCAAUCAAGGCUAUUGUCAGAACGGCGGUCAUUGUUAUCAGCCGAUGUCAGACGUCGUCGAUUUUGCUUGUGUAUGUCGCAAGUGUUAUUAUGGUAAUUUAUGUCAAUUUACAACAUCACAAUAUUCAAUUUCAUUAGAUGCUCUUCUAGGAUCAGAAUUAACAGCUACUGAAUCACUUUAUGAACAAUCUCAUUUAAUUAAGAUAACAUUCACAUGUGUAUGUGUGAUGUUUAUUUUUGGAUUGUUCAGUAACGUGCUCUCCAUAGUUACAUUUGCUAGUUGUCCGAAAACACGUGAAAUUGGUAGUGGAAUUUAUUUACUUUGGCUAUGUAUAAUCAGUCAGUUUGGUCUUAUCAUCGUCGCAUUAAAAUUCUAUUAUCUGGUAUUCGAUUGA